AAUCUCUCUCUCUGUCCUUUUGAUUUUUAAUAAAGCAUACCAAAUGCUCGUUAGCACCCUACAAACACACACAAUUGCUCUCGGUUUUCUACAUAAAAAAAAGAAAAAAAAGAACUCUCAAACCCCCCCACCCUCUUCCCCCUCUCUCUCGGGAUUUAGCGAGAUGAAGACAAAGUUUCCCCUUUGAUUUUUCCACAUCAGAUCUCUCUCCUUUUCGUUUCAGAAUACUCCAGCAUCGCUCAUAUGGCUCUGCCCCCACAACCCUUCGUCGCCACCUCAUAAUCGGUCUGUUACGAUUACAUUUUACAUACACAUGUUUGUGUAUUAGUGCGGUUGAGAGUAAAUGAAGUGUAACAAGCAUACCUCCGACCUUAGCAGCACCGUCGGCGUCUGUGCCUCCUGUCUACGCGACCGACUCUUCGCCCUCAUCGCCGCCCAGGCUCAUGCCCAGGCCCAGGCCCAAGCCCAACACCACCAGCUCUCCCGCUCCCAAUCGCGCGCCGCCGCUGUCCCUGACGAUCCCCGGAAAUCUGACCCCAAUUUGCCUCCUCCUCCACUGGUCUUCCCUCGCUCCGUCUCCCCAUACGUCACUCGCCGUAAAUCGGAUGAUUCCACGUGGCAACACCAGCACCCCGACCGCCAGGAUCGUCGUUUCUAUAGCACUCCCCAGGUGGGUCCCACGUACGCUGCCACCACCUUCGCUAACGUCGGUUCUUACAGGAAGAAGAACGGCAGGUUCUCGCUCUUCUCGAAGUUGUUUAGGUCAAGAUCCGAGAAAUUGGAACCGGAUCCUAGGGUUUCGUCUCGGCACCCGUGCGAGCCCUCGUCGUCCACAUCCUCUUCUACACCCUCUUGGUUUACCACGAUCUUCUCCGGCAGCCGUAAAAAGGAAUCGCGACUGUUCUUCCUCGAAGAAUCCGUCGCCAACGUAGACAAAAACAAUUUCCGGAGAGCGGAUCGGGGAAUGUCUCCUGCGAGAACGGCUGAUUCCGACGAGGAUUACGAUCGAUCAGCUUCCGCUAGCGGGUACUGCUCGGAGUCUUGGAGAUCGCCGGCGUUUGCCGUGCGGCGGAAUCGCCAGGGACAAGGCCGGAACGUGUCCGGAAUAGCGUUUUGCCUGAGCCCACUGGUGAGGGCGAGCCCCAGCCGGCACUGGAACCAGAAGUGCAUGCCACCGGAUGCUGCGGUCUCUGGAGAGAUGAGGACUGCGGGGAAGCCGCAUCUGACCACGGCCGCGUCAUUUUGCAAGAACCGGUCGAGGAAGCUUGCGGAUUUCGGAAGAGUCGGUCACAACCGUUGAUUCCAUUGACCGUUGACAUCGCAUUCGGUGUUGAUGGUUAUGUACACGAAAGUACGGUUUUGUCCCUAUUCCUCUAUAUUUCAGGUUUUUUUUUUUAAAUUGUUGUAUGGAUUAUAAUUUGAAUUACAAAGCCAAUGAGAAAAGGGAAAAAAAAAAUAUAUCGCGUGUGCUCUUUAUAC